AUGUCUUGGUUCAUCAUUACCGUUCAAUAUGAACAGAAAUUCUUUUUAUUUUCCACUUACUCUUCGUUAAUUCUUAAUUAUUUAUUGAACUGGACCCUAAAUCAAAAUAGAAAACCUCUGAUAAGUGGACCCUAUGGAUUUAUGUUUGCCGCAUUGAUUGUUUAUAUUUUCGAAAUUCCACCGACGGCACAUAUGAAAAUAUUCAACAUUGUCCCUAUCAGUGACAAGCAAACAAUUUAUUUGUUGGUUAUCCAAUUUCUGUUGACCAACUUUCCUCAUUCUCUAUUACCAGCAGUCAGUGGUAUUAUUUCAGGUACUGUGUACCAAUACCUGUUAUGUAAUAUUUUCAAGCUGGAUAGAAAAUUUAAAUUCCCUGCAUUUCUUGUAAAGUUUGCAUCUGAGGUUGUGAAGCCUUUAAUUCAAGCAACCAAUUACCAGUCUUCAUCAACCAGAUCUAUCUCAACUGUAAAUAGAAACAUAACUUCCAGCAAUCAAGGAAAUCAACAACAGCCCCAAAAUAUUAUGCAUGACAAUUUCUCUCACGAUGACCAUUUAUCGAAUUUGCACAGCAAUGUAUCCGAAGAUAAUAUCCAGCAAUUAAUGAACAUGGGAUUUUCUCGUACUCAAUGUGAAAUUGCAUUGCGACAAGCAAAUAAUGAUAUCCACUUGGCAACAGAGCUGUUGUUACAUGAAUAA